AUGCACGCCGAGGCGCUCGAGGACUGCCAUCGUGCGUGGGACUUCACCUGCCUCCCAGUGCACAUCACCCAGAAUGAGGUGCUGCAGACCGUCCAUCUGCUCAAGGCAGAGGACGAGCGCGUCGAAAGGCCUGUGCAUGACGUCUUGCAGCUCGCUCGAACGGACCGGGGGCCUUCAGCGCCGGACGAGGUCGAGAAGCAAUUUGGUCGGAUCCCCCUCGCGAUGGUUGUCGCUGUGGGGAAGGACGGCGUCCAGCGCAGGCGCUGUGAUAUGCGCGAGGAGCCCGUGCGUAUACAUGAGCAGCCCGAUGCUACGCAGGUCCAAGUUGUAGAUGGUUGUCGGCCCCUUCUCCGGCCAGAUGACCGCCUCGUUGGAGUACAUUUCGAUGUGACGGAACGAAGAUGUGUACUUGGCGAGCAGGGGGGCGAUCACGCAAAUGAGAAUGUCGUUGGAGAUAUCCAAGCACAAGAACGCGAGGCAGAGGAAGUCAGGCAGGCGAAAAACGAAAGUUCGUUGGCGGCUAACUAUGCUCGUGAUUUGAGGAUCACGCGUAGUCGAACGAGAGAUGUAGCCGGCGCAAAGUAG